CGGUUUCAGUAAUAGUCAGUCAUCUGCUGUUUGGCCGACGUAACGGAUCAGGGAAAUCACUCAAGAAAAAUGUAUUCGAAAAGCAUGGGAGAACGUCAAGCCACCAGGGAACAAGUCCUGGCUGUCACGAGGGAUUUCAUUUCGCAGCCUCGGCUCACGUACAAAACUGUCUCGGGUGUAAAUGGACCGCUGGUAAUAUUGGACGAAGUGAAAUUUCCCAAGUAUGCAGAGAUCGUUCAAUUGAAACUUGCGGAUGGUUCUCUGAGAUCCGGUCAAGUGUUGGAAGUAUCUGGUUCGAAGGCCGUCGUCCAGGUGUUCGAAGGCACCUCUGGCAUCGAUGCGAAACACACCCACUGUGAGUUCACCGGCGAUAUUCUUCGGACCCCGGUGUCCGAGGAUAUGUUGGGCCGUGUGUUCAACGGAUCUGGAAAGCCGAUCGACAAAGGUCCUCCUAUCCUUGCCGAGGAUUACUUGGACAUCGACGGCCAACCGAUCAAUCCGUGGUCCCGUAUCUAUCCCGAGGAGAUGAUACAAACCGGUAUCUCAGCCAUCGACGUAAUGAAUUCCAUUGCUCGUGGCCAGAAGAUUCCGAUUUUCUCAGCUGCUGGUUUACCACAUAACGAGAUCGCCGCUCAAAUUUGUCGUCAAGCUGGCCUCGUGAAAUUGCCUGGCAAAUCGGUUUUGGACUCGCACGAGGACAACUUUGCUAUCGUGUUCGCCGCUAUGGGUGUCAACAUGGAAACCGCUCGUUUCUUCAAGCAGGAUUUCGAGGAGAACGGUUCGAUGGAGAACGUGUGCCUCUUCUUGAAUUUGGCCAACGAUCCUACCAUCGAAAGAAUUAUCACUCCGCGUCUCGCUCUCACGGCAGCCGAGUUCUUGGCUUAUCAGUGCGAGAAACACGUGUUGGUCAUCCUCACCGACAUGUCCUCUUACGCCGAGGCUCUUCGAGAGGUUUCGGCCGCUCGCGAGGAAGUACCGGGACGACGUGGUUUCCCUGGUUACAUGUACACCGAUUUAGCCACCAUUUACGAACGAGCCGGUCGAGUGGAAGGCCGCAACGGUUCCAUUACUCAGAUUCCCAUCUUGACCAUGCCCAACGAUGAUAUCACUCACCCGAUUCCCGAUUUAACCGGCUACAUUACCGAGGGACAGAUCUACGUUGACCGUCAACUUCAUAACAGGCAGAUUUAUCCGCCUAUCAACGUGCUCCCUUCGCUGUCUCGUCUCAUGAAGUCUGCCAUCGGCGAAGGCUUCACGCGAAAGGACCACUCGGACGUGUCCAAUCAAUUGUACGCUUGUUACGCCAUUGGAAAGGAUGUACAAGCUAUGAAAGCUGUCGUCGGUGAGGAAGCCUUGACGCCGGACGAUUUGCUUUACUUGGAAUUCCUGUCCAAGUUCGAGAAGAACUUCAUUUCGCAAGGAAGCUAUGAGAAUCGUACGGUCUUUGAAUCUUUAGAUAUUGGUUGGCAGCUGUUACGUAUCUUCCCGAAGGAGAUGUUGAAACGAAUUCCAGCCAGCACUCUGGCCGAGUUCUAUCCGAGAGAUUCGCGUCAUUAAUUUUCCUUAUUCUAGCCUUUGAACUGAUUUUCCUACCUAAAAGAAUUAAUGGUAAAAAUUGUAAAUUGAACAAGUAGGAAGACUACGAAGAGGCCUGAUCCAUUUUGAUCCGACCGCAAAAUAAUAGAAUUGUUGAUCGAAUCUAUAAUUAACGUGUUUUUGCAACUCGAAUGGCUGGACGGAAUGGAUGAUGAGUAGAACUCAGAAAUCGUACGUAGGAUCGCGAGGAUCAGAGUCAGAUUGUACGAUUUGAUGUUGAUUCAACUGUAAUUGUUUAAACUAUAAUUUUAAUCAUAGCAAAGAUUUGUGUCUUCACGAGCGUGCACAUACAAGAAGUGAACGUGUCAAGUGUAAUAUAUUGUUCAGUAUUAACAUAGAGAAAGAUGCGAUUGUAUAACUACAUUUUUCGGUCCUACAUUCCAAUAUAAAACUUUUAUCCGUGAACGGUCGAAGGGAAACAGACAAGGUAUUUAACGACCGUGUAUAUGGUUCGUCCGAUCAUGACAUGUCGCUUUGAUAUUGUACAAGUUGAGAUACACACUCGUUUUAAAGGAAUGCAUAAAACCUAGUGCACGUAUCGAGGUACGUGCGUUCGUUUCACGUUACUGUUAUAAUUAUAUUAAAGUGCAAAUGCAUGAAUAAAUAAUGUACAUAAACAGAGAAA